GGUUAAUGUGACAGUGUUGUAAAUUGACAUGUUUUUGUGUUUUAUGCGUGUGAUUAUACUGUACAUCUUUCAGGUACAAUCUAUAUUAUGGAAAUCCAAGUAUUUAUUUUGCUGACUUUUUGUGGGAUAACUUUCGCAGCUGCCGAUCUUUCUAAAGAAAAAUGUCCUCCCGGGUGUGUAUGUAGAAAAAGAGAUGUGAAAUGUUACGCAUUAACGGACUUUCCUGUCAAAUUUCCUCCGCUAACAACUUAUAUUUUCAUGGACGAAAUGAACAUACAAACCAUUCCACCAAACUCAUUUCUUGGACUCGAAUUUUUAAAUACAAUUGAAUUCCAGCGAAGUAACUUUGGGUCAAUUUCUACUUGUGCUUUUAAGUCAAUACAAUCCCUAGAGAAGUUAAUAUUUUUUAAAAGUGUAAUUGGUCAUCUGGAUAAAUUAGCAAUAUUCAACAACACAGGUCUUCUAAAUGUUGAAAUAAUUAAGUCCAAAAUAACAAAAGUUAGUCCAUUUGCCAUAGGAACGCUUGACAAUAUUGCAUCAUUCAGCCUUGAAGAAACCACAAUUUAUGACUUGAAAACAAUGUCUAUCGUGAACGUAUCAGGAAAAAAAUUAAGUAUUGUUGGUAGUGUUUUCAAAACCGUUCAUUAUAUGCCAUUCGUUUUUGGUAAAUUUUCUCAAGUAAAAAUACUGAACAAUACGUUUGAAAUGUUACCUUGUGGAACUAUUGACAAUUUACUGGUGGCAGCUGUCGAUAACAACACUCUUAUUACAGGGAAUGCAGUAAUGUGUGAUUGUGGAAUUAGCUAUAUACAUAAAAUUCAGGAUGUAAAACAGAAAGAACUUUUGAAUAAUAUGUAUUGCCUCGACGGUGGAGUAAUCAAUUCACAAAGAAUUGUUAGUGAAGCAUUAAGUGGUGCAUUGCCUUGUGACCAGAAAAAUAAAGAGACUAUAACCAAAUGUAGGACACAAGAAAUUUUGAAACUGCCAAAGCUGGUAUGCCCAUCAUACAGUCACGGAGGAGUGUACAAAUCUUCAGAAAGCAACAACCGUAACUCUGCCAGUAGCUUACCAUACCGCAUAACUGUCUUGAUACUGACAAUUUUUGUUUUUCUAUAGUUUUACCUAGUCAUCUGAACAACAGUUUUAAUUACGAAUUAAAUGCUUCUUUUUGGAA